CUGGCCCGUGAGCCACAGACCCCCCGGAGGCUGCGCCGCGGGCAGGUGCGGCGGCCCGGCUAGACCCGGUGGGAGGCUCGCGCGCUCUCCAGGGCUCGGGGCUAGACCCUCCAGGAAAUCCAGGUCCCGCCUCCAGGACCCUUCCAGGAAAUCCAGGGACCGUAAAAAGCCCCCCCUCCCAUCUCAAGGUCCCGCCGGCGGAGACGAGGUGAGCUCUGUGGGCUAUGGGAUGGAUGAGGUGGAGCAGGACCAGCAUGAGGCCCGACUCAAGGAGCUGUUUGACAGUUUUGACACGACCGGCACCGGGUCCCUGGGCCAGGAGGAGCUCACCGACCUUUGCCACGUGCUGAGCUUGGAGGAGGUGGGCCCGGUGCUCCAGGAGACGCUGCUGCAGGACAACCUCUUGGGCAGGGUGCAUUUUGAUCAAUUUAAAGAAGCAUUGAUACUGAUCUUGUCUAGAACUCUGUCAAAUGAAGAACACUUCCAAGAACCAGACUGCCCCCUCGAAGCGCAGCCCAAGUAUGUUCGAGGUGGCAAGCGCUAUGGACGGAGGUCCUUGCCCGAGUUUCAGGAGUCCGGGGAGGAGUUUGCAGAGGUGACAGUGAUUGAGCCGCUGGAUGAGGAAGUCCCGCCUCCGCACCUGCCCGCCGAGGACAGCAGCGAGCGCUGGAAGCCGCAAGGCAGUGAGGAGUAUGAAGCUGAAGGCCAGUUAAGGUUUUGGAACCCAGACGAUUUGAAUGCCUCGCCGAGCGGGACUGCCCCUCCCCCCGACUGGAUAGAAGAGAAACUUCAAGAAGUGUGCGAGGAUUUGGGCAUCACCCGUGAUGGUCACCUGAACCGGAAGAAGCUGGUCUCCAUUUGCCAGCAGUACGGCCUGCAGGAUGUGGACGCGCAGACGCUUGAGGAAGCAUUCCAUAACCUUGACCCUGAAGGCACCAUGAGUGUGGAAGACUUUUUCUACGGUUUGUUUAAACACGGGAAGUCCCUUACGCCCUCCGCAUCGACUCCGUACAGACAGCUGAAAAGGCACCUCUCCAUGCAGUCCUUUGAUGAGAGCGGCCGGCGCACCACGACCCCCUCCGGCAAGACGGGCACCGUUGGCUUCCGGGUCUUCUCCAGCCUGGAUGACGGCAUGGGCCAGGCCUCCGUGGAGAGAAUCCUGGACGCCUGGCAGGAGGAGGGCAUCGAGAACAGCCAGGAGAUCCUGAAGGCCUUGGAUUUCAGCCUUGAUGGAAAUGUCAACCUGACAGAACUGACACUGGCUCUUGAAAAUGAACUUUUGGUCACCAAGAACGGCGUCCACCAGGCGGCUCUGGCCAGCUUCAAGGCUGAGAUCCGGCACUUGUUAGAACGAGUGGAUCAGGUGGUCCGAGAGAAAGAGAAGCUGCGAUCAGACCUGGACAAGGCUGAGAAGCUCAAGUCCCUCAUGGCCUCGGAGGUGGACGAUCACCACGCGGCCAUCGAGAGGCGGAAUGAGUACAACCUCAGGAAACUGGAUGAAGAGUACAAGGAGCGCAUAACCACUCUAAAGAAUGAACUGCAAAGAGAGAGGGAGCAGAUCCUGCAGCAGGUGGGCAAGCAGCGUGGAGAACUUGAGCAGGAAAUCGAAAAGGCGAAAACAGAAGAGAACUACCUCCGGGACCGCCUCGCGCUCUCUUUGAAGGAAAACAGCCGUCUGGAAAAAGAGCUGCUGGAAAAUGCAGAGAAGUUGGCGGAGUACGAGAAUCUGACCAACAAACUCCAGCGAAAUUUGGAAAAUGUGUUGGCCGAAAAGUUCGGGGACCUCGACCCCAGCAGUGCCGAGUUCUUCCUGCAGGAGGAGAGGCUGACCCAGAUGAAGAAUGAGUAUGAGCAGCAGUACAGGGUUUUACAAGACCAAGUGGACGAACUGCAGUCUGAGCUGGAAGAGUAUCGCGCCCAAGGCAGGGCACUCAGGGCGCCCGUGAAGAGUUCGCUGGCAGAGGAACUGGAUGGCAGUGGCAGUGGCACUGAGCCCGACCACGGGCUGGGCUCUGAAGAAUGCCGUCCGUUGAAUAUGAGCAUUGAGGCAGAGCUGGUCAUUGAACAGAUGAAAGAACAACAUCACAGGGACUUGUGUCGCCUGAGACUGGAGCUGGAAGAUAAAGUGCUGCACUAUGAACAGCAGCUGCAGGAAAGCAGGGCCGCCCGUGCCAAGGAGCAAGAGGCCCUGAGGCAGGAGCACGAGCACGAGGCGCACACCUUGGCGAAACAAAUAAGUGACCUUGAACGGGAAGUGGCAGAACUUCAGGGGCGGGCUGAGGUGCUGACGGAUGCGCAGCGGGAGGCCACCCGCAGGCACGAGGAGGAGAAGCGCCAACUGCGAGCGCAGCUGGAGGAGCAGCAGGUGCACCUGCAGGAGAGGCUGCGGCUGGAGCAGGAGCAGGCGCUCAGGGCGAGGCUGGAGGAAGCCGAGGAGAGCUUUCGCCGGGAGAGGGAGGGGCUCUGGACAGAAGAGAAAGUGAGAGGCCUGACCCAGGGCCUGGAGCAGCUUCACCAGGAGCAGCUGAGAAGCCUGGGGGAGAAGCAUGCGCUGGAGAAAGCAGAGCUAAGGAAAGAGCUCUCGGAACGGCACCAGCGGGAGCUUCAGGAGGGAAGGGAAAAAUUGGAAACAGAGUGUACUAGAAGAACGUCUGAGCUAGAAGCCCGGUUUCAGGCCGAGCGCCAGGAAGUCACGCAGAGCUGUGAAGACGCCUUGCAGAGCCUGGAGGGCCGCUACCGCCAGGAGCUGCAAGACCUCCUGGCUCAGCAGCGGGAGGAGAGGUCCCAGUGGCAGUUUGAGAAGGACGAGCUCUCGCAGGAGUGCGCAGAAGCCCGCGAGCGGCUGCAGGAGACUCUGCAGCGAGAGAAAGCCACUUCUCUGGCCCUGACCCAGGAGAGGGAGAUGCUAGAGAAAACCUACAAGGAACAUCUGGAUAGCGUGGCUGUCGAGAGAGAGCGGCUCCUCCGGGACCUGGAUGAGCUCAGGAAGGUGUCCGAGCGCCAGCGCCACCAGAUCCUGGAGCUGGAGAGGGAUCCCUGCAGAGAAGCGAGGGGUGGCGAGCAGGUGCCGCGCCAGGCAGGGGCCGCCGAGCCGCUGGGCAGCCAGCGCCCGGAAAAGCUGGAAAGGGGGCCUGCGUGCGAGAGGCAGGACUUGAUGUCCAAGCUGCUGGCUCUGGAGAGCGUGCACAGAGCGACCUGCGAGCAGGCCGAUCGCGACAAGGCUGAGAUGAGCGCGGAAAUCUCCAGGCUCCAGAAGCAGAUCGGGGACCUGCAGCAGGCGGCACCGUCUCUCUCCGGGCCGCCGGGCGGCUGCCUGGCGGAGGAAGGAAGCGGAACCACGUCCCUGCUCCAGCAGGGCCAGCAGCUGCUGGAGGAAAACGGAGAUGUCCUCCUGAGCCUGCAGAGAGCUCACGAGCGAGCCGUGAAGGAAAACGUGAAGAUGGCGACAGAAAUUUCGAGGUUGCAGCAGAGGCUGAAAACCUUAGAGCCGGGGUCAGUAGCGUCUUCUUGCUUAGAUGAGGCAGCCACUGAGUUUUUUGGAGACUGUGUGGACCAAGCGGAGUCACUGGCACCCCAAAACCAGAUGCAGCGAGGAGACCGUGUAACCACGCGGCGCCUCCCCGGUGACUCACCAGGUGACAGGGCCCGGGACCAGGAAAGCGCUGGGACGAGCUCUGUCCAGAGGCAGGAGAUCCAAGUCGGGGAGUCGGAAACGUCCCUGGAGAGUUUUUCCGAGCUGGAAAACAGUGAAGGGACCAGGACGGAAUCCUGGGAGCUGAAGGUGCGCAUCGGGGAGCUCCGGGAGCAGCUGGCGGUGCUGCGCGCAGAUUGCGAUCGCGCCUCCGAGAAGAAGCAGCACCUCCUCUGCCAUGUCUCGGUGCUGAGAAAGAAGCUGAGGAUGCUCGAGAGGCUCCCCGAGGCUCCGCCCAGGUACAAGGCGCUGUACGAGGACGCCAGCCGCGAGAACGACUGCCUGCGGGAGGAGCUGCGCGCCCUGGAGACGCGCUACGAGGAGGCUCUGGAGGGCAACCAGGCGCUCAGCGCCGAGCUGUUCCGGCUGCAGGAGGAGCUCGGCAGGGCGGGCGAGGUGACCGAGACGGGGCUGAGCCUGGACAGGAGCUACGACGAGGUGAGAGCAGAAAACGAGGAGCUGAACGUGCUGGUCGCGAGGCUGCAGGGGGAGAUUGAGACGCUGCAGGAAAGAGCCGUCUGCGACUGCUUCUCCUGCUGGGACACCUGUGGGGACAACCUGGGAGCGGCCCCUGAGGAAGAGGCCCUGGCAGAGCGCGUGCCCAAGGUCACAGGCGUCUGCCAGGGUACGGAAGACUGUGAACCAGCCAGGCAGUUCCCUGAGCAGGAGACAGCACAGCUCUUGGGAAGAGUCAGAACACAUGACCUUGGCCGAGGCCCCAGAGUCAACGCUCAGGUGCGUCCAGAACAGCCCAGAGCACAGGGUCCGGCCCCGCCGGAGGAAAACACCGCUCGCCUGAGCUUGCAAGAGGAGCGCUUGCGGCGCCAGGCCACCAUAGCGGAGUUGGCCCUGGAGAAGAAGAAGCUGCAGGAGCUGACGAGAAGGUUGAGGGAGCGAGUGGCCACUCUGGUCAAGCAAAAAGACGGGCCUUGUGCGGGCGAGCAGGAGGAGGAGCAGGAGGAGCUGAAGGCCGUGAUGCACGAGCUGCACGCGGCGUGCACUGAGAUGCAGCACAAAGUUGAACUCCUGAGAUAUGAAUCUGAAAACCUUCAAGAGGAAAAUUCUAUUUUGAGAAACGAAAUUACUACUUUAAGUGAAGAAGAUAGCAUUUCUAACCUGAAGUUAGGGAAAUUAAAUGCAUCUCAGGAAGAAAUGUGGCAAAAGCUAGAAACUGUGAAACAGGAAAAAGCUGCAAUUCAGAAGAUGGUUGAAAAUUUAAAGAAGCAAAUUUCAGAGUUAAAAACCAAAAACCAACAGUUGGAUUUGGAAAAUACAGAACUUAGCCAAAAGAACUCUCAAAAUCAGGACGAAAUGCAAGAACUUAAUCAACGUCUGGCAGAAAUCCUAUGCCAAAAGGAAAAGGAGCCAGCAGACGGUAUAUUCAAGGACUGGGAGCAAGAAAACUCUACUCUCAGAGAAGAACUGGAACGCUGUAAAGUGCAGUCCUCCACUUUGGUGUCUUCUCUGGAGGCCGAGCUUUCUGAAGUUAAACUGCAGACCCAUAUUAUGGAGCAGGAGAAUCUCCUUCUCAAAGAGGAACUGGAAAAAAUGAAACAGCUGCCCAGAUGCCCCGAUCUCUCGGACUUCCAGCAGAGACUUUCUAGUGUGCUAAGCUACAACGAGCAACUACUGGAAGAGAAAGCAGCUCUGAGUGAAGAGUUAAAUAGCUGUGCAGAAAAGUUGGCCAAAUCCAGGCUGUUGGAGCACAGAAUCGCUGCAAUGAAGCAGGAACAGAAGUCGUGGGAGCACCAGAAUGAGAGCUUAACGUCCCAGCUGGUGGCUUCCCAGGAAAAGGUGCAGAAUCUAGAAGAUACCCUGCAGAGUGUAAACCUGCACAUGUCGCGGGUGAAAUCUGACCUCCGAGUGACACAGCAGGAAAAGGAGGCGCUAAAACAAGAAGUGAUGUCUUUACGAAAGCAGCUGCAGAAUGCUGGUGACAAGCACCGGGCCCCAGAUGGAGCCACCCGUCCAUCAGGAUUCCAGAACCAGCAGCAAAGGCUGUCUUGGGACAAGUUAGAUCAUCUGGUGAACCCGGAACAGCAGCUGCUUUGGCAACAGAACGAGAGGCUCGAGACCACGGUGCAGAAGACCAAAUCCGAGCUCACACACUCCCGGGAGAAGGUCCAUCAAGGUGAAUCCAAGCUUCUUCCCCCGAAGCACCAGAAACAUCUGAACCUGUCAGGUCCUGUGCGACUCACAGAGCAAGAAAAGUUGAGCUUAAAGCGAGAGAGUGAGCAGUGCCACACGGAACGGUGCCCUCCCACCAGGAAGGUCAGUCAGAUGAAUUCCCUUGAACAAGAAUUAGAAACGAUUCACUUGGAAAAUGAAGGCCUGAAAAAGAAACAAGUGAAACUGGAUGAGCAGCUGAUGGAGAUGCAGCCCCCGAGGUCCACUGUGACGCCUAGCCCCGCCCCUCACGCCUGGGAUCUGCAGCUGCUCCAGCAGCAAGCCUGUCCGAUGGUGCCCCGGGAGCACCUGCUGCAGCUUCAACAGCAGCUGCUGCAGGCCGAAAGGACAAACCCGUGCCUGCAGGAGGAGCUCAACAGGACCUCGGAAACCAGCACGCCACAGGAAAACCAGGAGCAGCUGGUAACUGUCAUGGAGGAACGCAUGAUAGAAGUGGAACAGAAACUGAAACUGGUGAAAAGGCUUCUUCAGGAGAAAGUGAAUCAGCUCAAAGAACAACUCUGCAAGAAUACCAAAGCAGAUGCCAUGGUGAAGGAUUUGUACGUUGAAAAUGCCCAGCUGUUGAAAGCCCUGGAAGUGACUGAACAACGACAGAAAACGGCAGAAAAGAAAAAUUACCUCCUCGAAGAGAAGAUCGCCAGCCUCAAUAAUAUCGUCAGGAAUCUGACACCAGCACCACUCAUUUCUACACCUCCUCUGAGGUCCUAGCUAAACCAAAGGACAUGCUUCUAUCUGUGCACUUUACUGAAAUACAUGGAAUAUUUCAGUAGGUUCUUUGAACCUAUGUUUCUUAACCUUGAAUGGCUUAGUAUUAAGCCUUAAGACUGCAACCAACAGACCUGGAGUUUCCACAUUCACGUCAUUAGUUUUCCAAACAGACCUUAAUGGGAGUUUCAAACAAAUAUUGAUGUAUUCCACUGUUUAUUCCCAAACUUCCAAUUUAUUUAAGAAUUCUAACAGCCACCAGUAAGGGGGACAUAUGAAAACAAUUCAAACAAUUUACAAUCAAAGUUUUGAGUGAAUUUUUUAAAAAGUCACUGGGAUUAAGUACAAAUCUGUGUAUAGAGUCCAGAUCUUUUGAGAUUGAUUAUAAUGGUUAUGAAGUUUAUUUUUAGGGUUCCUAGCUGAAUACUGAAAAGUCACUCUGUUUUUAAUAGUUUAAUUCUCUGGAUUACCUGGUAAAUUGUAACUGAUAAGAAGACUGAUCUCUGUAACCCUGUGGUCACAAAAGCCCAAGACCAUAGAACUCUACCUUCUUACUAACGCCUAUGACAGUAUUACCAACUCUUGAUGUACUAUAGACUUAGAGCCAAUUUAUUCAACCAUACUCUUAAUACUAAAGCUUUACUUUCUUUCAAUGGCCUUUUCUUCCCCCUUUAGAAGUCUCAUUUGGGAACUUGUCUUCUAAGAAAUGCUAGAGCCACAGUCUUAAAGCAUUUGAACUAUACAGAUAAUACUGAACAAACCACUUGGGAGUAAAUAGCUACUCUUGGAGUUCAUGAAUUUACCCUUGGGGUUGCCUCCAGAACUUAGCGAACUCAGGGAACCAUACUCUAGACUGUCUUCCUGAACUGCUAUAGGCCUCUCUCAAGAAUUUGACAUGGAUAAACCUUGUGACCUUAUUUAUUUGUCAUGUAUUUACAGCCAUAGGAUUCUUUUUAUUUCUACAUUUUUAAUGCAUUUCAUCUUCUGGGAAAAAAAAAAAAAAAGCCCUUGUAGGGAGUAGGUGUUUAGCCUAGCAGUUAAGGUGCCCAUAUCCCACAUCCCGAUACUGGGCUUUCAGACCUGGCUGUAGUUCCUGACUCCAGCUUCCUGCCAAACCCCAGGAGGCAGUGGUGAUGAUUCAAAUAACUGUGUUCCUGCCACUGAUGCGAGAGACCUGGAUUGUAUUCCCAGCUUCUGACUUGACCCUGGCCCAGCCCCAGCCUCUGCUGGCAUUUGGGGAGUGAACCAGCAGAUGGGAAUUCUACAUUUCUCUGCUUCUCAAACAGAAACUCAUCAAAUUUAUGCAAUGGUUUCCAUUAUUUAUUUAAUGAGUCAAAAUGCCCAGGCUUCUAUCCUUGUACAUGAAUCACAAGGAUUUCUUACUGUGACAUGCCAUCUGGUUUUUAAAAAGUGCUAAACAGGACCUUCCCUUCCUUCUCAAGAUCAAAAAUUUCCCUGACAGCCAACAUUUUAGAUUUUCCCCCCUCCAAUUAAAAUCUCUGCUGAAAGUCUACUUCCACCGUUAGUUGGUGGAGAACUUAUCAGGUGCCGAACGCUGCCAAAGCUCAUCGCGGCCACCUCCUUGUUUUUCUGGGAGAAUAAUUAGAACAGAAAAAUUAACUUUGAUGUAUUUGAGGAGGGCCACACACAUCUAUUUAUAAGAUAUAACAGCAAAAUCAAACACUGCUGUAUAUGCAGGAAAACCAGGUGAAACAAAUUACCUUCAUAUAGUAGAGUAAAACUCAACCUCAACCAAGUGAUUCCCAUCAAGGAAGCUCAGAGUUCUCCCGGGCCACACCACCCACUAGUUGUGGCACCGUUGUUUGUGGAACUGGGAGUUCACACUUGAUGAAGCAGAGCUUUUAAUUUUUUCAUAGCUUUUAUCAGAGUGUCCUUAUUUGCCUCUGGAAAAAAUGUUAAUCCUUUACUGUAGUAAUACUUUAAAAUAUUUGACAUUAGCUAUCAUGCCUUCCCCAAAUCUUUCUUCAGUGCAGACAUUCCCAGGAGACUUAACUACUUGUAUUGCAUUAGCUUUAAUAGAAAAUGUUUUUCAUUUAAAACUGUGCAUAGGCCUAGGCUAAGGCCAAAAAUAUACUAAGCAUUUGUGGCGUACUUAUGUGAUAUGCAUCAAAUUACUCAAAGUCAUUGCCACUGAGUGAACCCCAAGCAUAUUUCUUCAAUAUCUAGCUUACAUGUGGUCAUACUUGUACUUUUUUUACAUCAUGAAAAAUUUAAGUGAAUUUGUUCAUUUCCUAUACAUUUGUAUUUAUGUGUAUAUAAAAUGCUGUACAAUAAGAGUAUAUAUGACUUUCUGGAAAGUUUUAGACUACAUUAAGAAUCCCCUUAUUCAAAAAUCAAAACACUCCUCAGAUGUUAAACUAGGUUUCACUUAAGCACUUGAUUUCUGCCUUUAUCCCACUUAGGAAUUGGAAAAAAGACCAAUAUGAGCAAUGUAUAGAUACCUCAAAUUUAUAUAUGUGUACAGUUUAUUUUUGAGAAACAGUUUCAAGUGAGCAUCUCACUGGCAAUUUUAUAAUACAGCUUAUAGCUUUUAAAGGACCUGCUAAAGAGAUUAAAUGUAAGGUGUUAUGUUUUAAUUUUGCUUUCAGUCUUUAUAGUAGCACCCUUCCAAAUUGUGUGUUGUUUUAAAGCCUUUAACUGCUGUUUAUUAAAAGCGCUAGUCUUCAAUCUUUCUUUUGAUUUAGGAACUGUUAUUUAAAAUAGUCUCAGGCGAUGGAGUGUUCACUUCCAGGAACGGGAAUUGAGUUUGCCUUUGUAAUAAGCACUAGGGAAGGGAAGAUGUCGGCAGGGCCUAUAUUUAUACUAUUUUACUUUCUUCUACUUUGCAGAAGUCUGAAUCCUUAAGCUCAGAUUUGUGCAGGAAGGGAAAUAGAGGAAAGGGCUAGAAGUGACCCUAGUAUUUUAUUUGACUUACUCUUCUAAAACUCUUACUCUAGAUUUUCACAGCUAUUUUGAAUGAGAGUCCUUCCUGGAAGCUUCCAGGCCUUCCUUAUAGAUUUAACCUUCACAUCUUUUGUGUAAAAUGCUCACAAAGUCCUACGUUACCAAGGUACAGGAAGAGACUUUACAGGUCUAGUAUUCCAGUUUACCAGUACCCAGGGCAGUUAUUAUUGUGAGGAACAUUUUUUUUUUUUUUUAAGAAUAAGGCUUUUACAGCAGAUUGGGGUUUUUUGAAAUUGGGUGUGUGUAUGUGUGUGCGAGAGAGUGUGUGUGAUUUCUUUCUUUCCCAAGUGAGGGCAAGGAGAAAUGUUUUUGCUAUUAUUGGCCUCUUCAAGGUAUUCCCAAUCAAGUCAAGGCUAAAUGCUUUGUAUUAUUAUUACUCAAGUCCUGUUUUGAAUGGAUUACCUGUAAUAAGCGACUCACUACAAUGAUAACUAUACAAGUAAUGCCAAAACCACGUCAAAGCCUAAACCAAAGCACUCAGAUGAAAACAUUCAUUGUGUCACACUGUGACCUAUGAGAGCAUCUUGGCACUGUGAAGUCAUUUUGGCUUUAGAGCAUAUGGAUAGUUGUACAAUAAAUCAGAGUCAGCUUUUUUGAAUGAUGCAAGUGAAAUUCAUUCCUUUUGGGAGACGACAUGACAGUACAAUGAUUUAAGGGAACACCUGAAAUAUAUAGAGAAGAACCUCAAUUCAUGUGAAGCCUCUGUAGAAUUCUGUUCAGAUAAAAACCCAUGUGUAUGCAUUUAUACUGGCUUUGUAUAUUUCACCUUAGCCAUUCCAUCCUAGAAAGUGUGUCAUGUGAGCUUAAAAUGUAAAUAAAUAAUUUUGUAAACAUG